CUUCCUGUUGUUGUUUUGAGUCCGUCACUGAUACGAAGAAACAGCUUCUUUUUAUGUCAUUCUCAGCGAACAUUUCUUCUUAAUCUCUUGUUUUGCGGUUUGAACAGGCUAUAAUGCCGCUGUCGGAUAGGUCGAGCGCUGACAGCGUCGACAGCGCCCGGACUCCUCGGGCCAGGAGACCGCGGACUCGCUCCCGCAGCCGGAGCCGAAGCAACAGCCGCGGCCGGAGGAGGAGUCUGUCCCCAGAUAGUUUUGGGCCCAAACUCCCGAAGCCGCGCAACAAGGAGAGGGAACGAGAGGAACGAGAGCGUCGAUUCCGAGAGGCCAGAAACCUAAAACGGAUUCGGAUCGGAAGUCCCCGACGCAGUCGGUCCCGAUCCAGAGAACGCCACAACAACCACUGGUCCGAGCAGCGGGACUCCGGCGGCAAACACGGCGGCUUCAGGGACGAAUACGAAUACGACUACGACUACGAGCAGGAACGGUACGAUGCUCAGCGACAGAGACAAGAGGCCUUCAUGGCUCGGCGUCUGCAAGAGAGAGAGAGGAUCGGGGACUUGGGUUGUCCUGAAGUUUGGGGAUAUUCACCAAGAGUGAAAGAACCUGACUCUGAUGAAUUCACACCAGUUGAAAAUGAGAAGAACAGCAGUUCAGAGUCCAGCUCAGAGGAAGAAAAGAAGAAGAAAAAGAAGAAAAAGAAAUCCAAGAAAAAGAGGAACAAAAAACUCUCAGAGGACAGCGAGUUAGAGUCAGACUCCAGUGAGGAAGAAAUAAAAAAGAAGAAGAAAAGGAAGAGUAAAAAGUCCAAGAAAUCUAAGAAGAAGAAGAAAAAGAUCCACAAGGAGUCCAGUGACUCCAGCAGUGGAGAGUCUGAGGAGGAAGAGGAGGACGUCAGUGGUGUGAUGUGGGUGGAGAAAACCUGCGUAGAUGAGAACCUGGUUGGCCCUGAGGCACCGCUGACCCAUCUGUCCCAGGACGACAGGCCUUUGAACUUCGGUCAUGCGCUGUUGCCAGGUGAAGGUGCAGCUAUGGCUGAGUAUGUGAAAGCAGGGAAACGUAUUCCCAGAAGAGGAGAGAUUGGUCUCACCAGUGAGGAGAUCGCAAACUUUGAGAAGUCUGGUUAUGUGAUGAGCGGCAGCAGACAUCGACGAAUGGAGGCUGUCCGUUUGAGAAAAGAGAACCAGAUCUACAGUGCCGAUGAGAAGAGAGCUCUGGCAUCCUUCGGACAGGAAGAAAGGAGGAAAAGGGAAGCAAAGAUCCUGUCAAGCUUCAGAGAAAUGGUUUCGAGAAAAACAAAAGGCAAGGAAGAGAAGUAACAGGCACAUUUCUACUGCAUUUGGAAUGUUGGAGAUCUUUUGAUCCGCAUUUCCUUUUUUCACUCAGAGUAUUUGCAGCUUUUGGAUAGGUUUUAUGCUUUAGAAUUUUUGGGAAGAAAUAUUAAGUUGCUUGUGUAAUGUUUUGAGGAAUCGGUGUGUAUCAUUGUGUCAAAUGUGUACAUAAAGUUCUAAUGACCACACAGUUUCUUUUAACUGUAAAAAGUUAACUGUAUGAAGCACCUCACCUUGUCCUUUUAGUUUGAAUUUGUUGUACAUUUGAAAAUUAAA